UUGAGUAUUCUUCGUCGGUAGUAAAGACAAAUUUCCCUUGGAUACGGACCUAGUGGCAAAUGACUGAGAUGAACUCUGCAUAGAAGAAAGGAGUAUUUCCUGAAACUGUUUCCACCACGGAUGGACAAAUUCGUGAAAUUACCUAAUUUUGAUUUGAGCGACUGCCUCUGCUCCCUCAGCCACAACACCGCCCACUCCAAAAAUACAUAAAUAAAUCACUUAAAUGGUUUCUUUCUUUUCAUUUUUUUUUUAUAUUGUAUCCGUAUCAGUUGUGCCAACUUGUUGGGAGAUAUUCCAAGUUAACUCAACUCUUAAGGAAGGGAUCUCUACGAAUUUUAACAGAGUCAAAGACACGCUGCAAUAAUUUACUCUCUGAAGUGGGGCAGCAAUCAUAGCCUCUCUUCCUAACCAUAACCGACAUGUGCAAAGAGGAUAACUAUCACCGAAGCAUUGAAUGGCUCACCCGAAAGACUCCAAAGUACUAAAUUGCAGCUCCGCCGACCCGACUCCAAAACAAGCCAAUACCUCAACCUCACUUUCUCCUCUUGAUGAAUACUUUACCUCGUAACUCGUAAGCCCAUCUCCCUCCCUCUCUCUUGGUUUCCUCUCACAUAAAUACACACUGCCAAAAGUUCCUUGAGAUAACUACAACCAAGAGUCUAACGCAGAGGACUCUGAAAACUUAAUGCCUUGUGGCCAAAGGUCUCCAAAAAUGCUCGCCAUGCUGAGCCGCCAUCACACCUCGAGCCCCUUAUCCAACCAGUGUGGCUCGAACCAGGUUCAGAUCAUAGACGCACCACUGCCUCUGGUUUGGUCCCUGAUCAGGAAAUUUGAUCACCCGCAGCGUUACAAGCAGUUCAUAAAGAGCUGUAACAUACUGGCUGGUGAUGGUGGGGUUGGCAGUGUGCGUGAGGUUGAGGUUAUGUCCGGCAUGCCAGCCGGAGUUAGCUUGGAGAGGCUGGACAAGCUUGAUGAUGAUCAGUAUGUGAUGAAGUUUAGCAUGAUCGGUGGGGAUCACCGGCUUUUGAAUUACAGGUCCACCAUCACUCUGCAUGAGGAGGAUGGUGAAGGAUUUGAAGGGAAGACGGUGGUGAUAGAGUCGUACGUGGUGGAUAUUCCGGCAGGGAGCAGUGGGGAAGAUACUUGCUCUUUCGCCAACACUAUCGUAGGUUGUAAUCUAAGGUCGUUGGCUAAAAUUACAGAACAGAUGUUUUGUAAGACUGACACUCACUGAGGAUGUCAUGGUUUGCUUUAGAUUAUUAAUUACCAUGUUUGUUGUGUUUGUGGUGUUCACUAUACUUGAUGAAUUGGGUCUUGAACUGAUUAGUGUCUCGUGGAUUGAAUUUCUAUGUAGGAUUUAUCUCUGUGUUUGUUGUGCCCGAUAAGAUUGUAAAAGCAAAAGGCCAAGGAACCUCAUGGAUAUCAUGUUACAAGUUGUGAGAAUAGUCGGUAUCAUUUUGGAGCCGUGCUGCUUUGUGGAUACGGUGCUUUUCGUAGAUAUUUUCACCCACGACCCAACCA